GGCUCUUCUGGCUUUCUUGACAGAUAAAAAAUUAAUUUUGUCAACAAAAAUGUUAAAUUGAAAAUGUAAUUUUGCAAAACCAUCAAAACCCUGAGCUAUGGCUAGCAGUUAUUAUUUUGCUAUCGUUGGUCAUAAUGACAAUCCAUUGUUCGAGAUGGAAUUCGUCAGCAGCAAUAAGGAAGUUAAAAAAGAGGAUCACCGUCAUCUGAAUCAGUUCAUUGCCCAUGCAGCCCUUGAUUUGGUGGACGAACAUAAAUGGAAAACCAAUCAAAUGUAUCUGAAAUCCAUCGACAAAUUCAAUCAGUGGUUUGUGUCGGCCUUCGUCACGGCCAGCCAGAUUCGAUUCGUUAUGGUCCAUGACAAUCGGAACGAUGAGGGCAUCAAGAGUUUCUUCAAUGAAGUCUACGAAAUGUACAUUAAGCAUUCCAUGAAUCCGUUUUACGCAAAAGACAGUGCUAUCAAAUCGCCAAUGUUUGAGAAGAAGGCUCAACUGUAUGGCAGAAAGUUUCUGGUGUCCUGAUAGUGUUGAAUUAAUUCAUGAAUUUUCUCUGUGUAUUAUUGUUAUGAAUAUCAAAUGAUGGAAUUUCGGUCGGUUUGUGUAAUUGAAGAUUUAUAUAUUCCACAUUAAAGUCGUUUGAAAUGCUGAAGAGUCUCUAAAA